CGUCCACUUAAAACCUCGCAAUGCUGUACGCUGUUGUUCAACGCUCAGCGAAUUAUUUUAGUUAUUAUUGAGACGUGGUACUUGUAAGUGUUUUUCAAUUAGCCAUGACGAAAAAAUCUAAUCAUGUUACAAAUAAAAUUCAACUGAUUCUGCUUAUAGCUGGGAUGACAUGUUGCUGUAUAUCCGACGGUUUCAUCUUCGGUCAAAUGUCAGGAAUGACAGAUGCCUUACGAGCUUCUAACAGUACGAUACCGUUAACAGAUGAUGACAUAUCUUGGAUAGCAUCCACAAUCAACGUAACCUGCGUAGUCGGAUUCUUGGUAGUGGGUAUUCUGGCCAAACUUCUGGGUCGAAGAGCAUCAAUAUCAACGCUUAGCACUCCACUAUUAAUAUGCUGGAUCAUUCUUUACUUCGUGGGGGACAAAAUUCUUCUUUUAUGCACCAGAGUCAUAGUCGGAGUCACUUAUGGAGGAGUUGCAAUGCUUGUCUCUGUGUGCAUUGUGGAAUAUUUAGAUCCAAACGUGCGACAAUAUGCUUUUUCGUUUAUUUCCAGUGUUGGAUCUCAGGUGGGCGUAACAAUGGGACAUGUACUAUGCCUUCUUAUCGAUUGGAGAUAUGUUGCGUUAGUAGGAUUGGUACCAACAGGGAUAUCUUGCUUGAUUCCUUUAUUUUGGACCGAAAGUCCGUCCUGGCUGGCGACACACGGAAGAUUUGAAGAGUCUGAAGAGGCUUUCUGGAAAUUACACGCUCAAAAUGAAAUAAGAGAAUCUGAGCUUCGGCAACUAAUCACGCACGAAAAACAAAAGAAAAGAGAGUUUCUGAUGCAGAGUAAUACGAAUAGUGCGUUUGUAAAAUUUUUGUUUGCAUGUAAAGAGGUAUAUUACUGGCGAAUCAUUGUUAUUGGUGUUAUUAUAGGAGCUUAUAGAGCUGCGGCUGGUCGUAUUUUGCUAUUUACAUUAGCCUUAACAAUGAUACAAGAAAUAACAGGAGAUAGCGAUAUUUUGUUAUAUACAAUAGUCGUCGACGGGUUUGGGAUAUUUGGCGCAGCAGUAUCAUGCUUUUUGGUAAAGAGAUUUCCGAUGAGAAGUCUUUUGCUCGUUUCUGGGACUAUAGCAAAUAUUUUACUGUUGUUAGUGAGUGCAUCAUUAUACUUUGUGCCAAAUGAAGAAUGGUAUCCUUGGAUAAAAAUUCUUCUGAUAGCAUGUUAUUGUAUAAUCAUUAAUGCCGGCCCAUACCCCGUCUUGGACAUAGUGCUGGCUGAAAUACAUCCUUUGGAUAUAAAAGAAUUUAGUAUUUUUCUAAUUGGAGGUUUGGGCGGGACAAUACAAUUUUUAUGGAUCAAACUAGCGGGAACAAUGUUUGAUAAUAUAGGCUAUUCUGGAACUUUUCUUUUUAAUUGUGUUGUUGUUUUCGUUUGUAUACUUUAUAUGUGGAGGUAUAUGCCCGAAACUAAAAGUAAAACAUUACAAAAUGUCGAAUUAUUCUUCAGGACAGGUAAAUUCGAUCACAUAAAUAAUAAUGAACGUCUUCGCGAAUUGUUAUAAUUGCUAAGCUGUUUACAAUACUUCUUUUAGUUAUUGUAUAUAUAUAUAGUAUAAGAAAAGAUUUUAAAAU